UUUUGAUUUUUAUCAUUUGACCAUUUCUGAGAGCAAGACAUUGAUGAAAUGGAUUCAAGCUUCUUUUUCUAACAUAACUUGAUGCUUUGCCCUAUACCUCAGUUUCAAUAUAUAUAAUGUCUGCAGGCUGGAAAUUAAACAAAAAGGUUCUUGAAGAUAUCCAUCACUAUGCCAGGUUUCAACCAUCUGGUAUCUCUCUCAGGCAGAUGGUCCAGUUUGGCCAUAAUCCCUCUCAGGGCUCAUUGUUCAGAGCUUCUCAGUUUGUAGCUGAAGAACUACCUAUAAGAUUGGCUCACAGAGUUAAAGAAUUAGACGAAUUACCUGAUGGGCUAAACGAGAUGCCCUCCAUCUUGAAGGUGAAAAACUGGUAUUCUCAGUCCUUCAACGAAUUAACUUCUCUUCCAAAGCCAAAGCUAGAUGAUGAUUUCAAAAAAAUGAUUUAUGGUAUAAAUAAUUUCAAUAACGUUAGCAAUAAAACUUCCUUCUCAAAUGCCAAUAACCAUGAAUUCAGUGAUGAUGGCGUAAUAUUCAAACAAUCCCACCAUUUCCAUGACCCCUUAAAUCAUUCUCAUCCCGAUACUCAUAAUAUCCAAAAAAUUUCUCAACCAACAAAUUCCAAUAUUAUAAAUGUGUCUCAAUCCAAUAAAAAAUAUUAUGUCUCGAUGCCAAAUGAUAUAGUAUGGCCCUCAGAAGUCUUUAAAUAUAACAAAAUCUUGAAGGAUACUUUAUUCAAGAUCAAAAGGAGACAUGAUCCAACUGUUGUCGCAAUAGCCCAGGGUGUCAAAGAAUGGAAGGAUUUCAAAAAUAUUUUGAUUUUAGAUUCUUCAAUACAGUCCUUUUUGGAUCGGUUUUACAUGUCGAGAAUUGGGAUACGCAUGCUAAUUGGUCAGCAAAUCGCUCUCAAUGAAGAACCUGCAAGAGACGAUUAUGUUGGCAUAAUCUGUUUAAACACCAAUGUUCAAGAAAUUGCCCAAGAUGCAAUUGAUAAUGCAAGAUUUAUUUGCGAACAAUACUACUCACUCUACGAAGCUCCAAAAGUAGAACUAUACUGUGCAAAUGAUAUAAAUUUCAUGUAUGUUCCUAGUCAUUUGAUCCACAUGUUAUAUGAAAUCUUGAAAAACUCUCUAAGAGCAACAGUAGAGUUUCAUUCAAAACAACCUUAUAAUAAAGGAAAGGAUUUAUAUGAUAUGACUUUUCCUCCAAUUAAAGUCAUAGUAGCUGAGGGAAAUGAAGAUAUAACAAUAAAAAUAUCCGAUGAAGGUGGUGGUAUCCCAAGAAGUGCAAUGCCUUUGAUUUGGACUUACCUUUACACAACUGUCAAAAAUGCUCCAAACAUCAGCGAGGAUAAUGUAAUACCACCAAGUGACUCCUCUUCUCAGUUCAUAGCUCCAAUGGCAGGUUUGGGUUAUGGUUUGAGCCUUUCCAGACUAUACGCUAGAUAUUUUGGCGGUGAUUUAAAACUAAUCAGUAUGGAAGGUUACGGUACUGAUGCAUAUUUACAUUUAAAUAAACUAGGGAGUUCCUCUGAACCUCUUCAAUAACUUUAAUAACUAUUAAUUGAUAUUUUUUUAACUUAUGAUAAUUAAUGAUAAAAUUAUUUUGCUUUUAUU